UUUUUUAUUAGUGGUGGUGGAUUUAUAACUAUAGCAUAAUACAGCAUAUGGCAUUACAUGUAGAACAGUAGCUAAUGUUAUGCAGUAACUACCAAUCUGUUGAGGCGGCAACUUAUCAAGCUGACCACCGUCUAGCGCUAGGCAGACAGAAAGGGGUAAAGUCUCAUUGUACCACCGACUGAACGAAGACUUGAGGCCGAAGAAAAGGGGCAUCUUUGAUCAUUUACAAGAACAAGUAAAAGUCUGUUAAAUUUAGCUUUAAUACAGCCAACAAGCAGAAAACUUUGGCUAGGCUAGUUAGCGGCGACAGCUAGCGUUGUGUCGGGCAGGCGGUUAGUUGGCUAACAUCACUAGCCUGAAACACGGAUUUCGUGUUGAUUUGAAGCAUGGCAGCAAUAGUGAGAAAACAAACCAAGAGAAGUAAGCGUCCACAGAACAAACCGGACAUGAGUGACUUUGAUUUGACACAGGAAAGUGGGAAGAAAAAUGACACUGGAGAAGGUGAAACUCCUGUUGUGGACAGGUUGGCCAAGAAGAGACCUGCUGCUGAUUUUGAGGAGGAGGUCACCUGUGCUGUCGGGAAGGGGGUGCAAUCCAUGAUGGAAAAAUUUGGAACUGAUAUAAAUAAGGUGAUGCAAGCCAAGAGGAAGCGUCUGGAGUCUCUGACCAAGAAUUUCAUGAAGGGAAGCCAACAUACACUGGAGCAGCGGUGGAACAACCAAUACACCCAGAGGCAGAAGCUGACUCAGCAGUACUCCCAGCAGGUCUCCUCUGCUCUGCAGCUGUGGGAGAGUGAUACCCAGAGAAUUGAGGAUCAGCAGGAGAAGCUAAACAAUCUGUUCAGGCAGCAACAGGAACUCUUCCAGCAGGCAAAAGUGGCGCAGACUCAGAAACUGAAAAUCAUGAGAGAGUUAUAUGAGCAGUUUGUUAAGGACAUAGAAGAGAUGGAGAAGAGCCAUGAGGCUUAUGUGCAGGGAGCUCAACAGGAGCUGAAGAAGGAGUUGUCCUGCCUGCUUAAGAAGAGCCUCAUGGACAUGCAACAGGAGCAAAUGGCCACUGUCCGCAACUCGCUGCAGUCCACGCUGUUCUAGUCUGCUGCUGCCACAGCGAUUACGCCUGUCUGUAGGCACAAAGGUUUAUUCUACUUUGCCGUUAGCACAGCAACAGUUACUGCCUGUACCUUACAGGUUUAAUUACAGUUUGGCAUGGGUGGGUCCUGUUCACAUGAUUUACUUGACAUUUAUAUGGCAUGUUUGAUCUCUGUUGUUAUGUUAUGAUAAUGCUGCGUUCUUGGUUCCAAGUGCAAUUUUUACCAAGUCAAAAAAAGUUAAAGCUGAGUUUGUGUUUUAGUCUGUUUGUCCUUUAGACAGAAGACAGAAGCUGAAACUGUUAAAAUGCUUCUUUACACUAACAUUUAUUUCCACUGCCCAAGAACUCCUCAGUCCAGGCUGGAAAGUGGGGAAUCUGAUUAGGGCUUUCAGCCUUCAUACAAAAAAAAAAAAAAAAACAGUAAAUCCAUAUGGAAUAUAUAUUUUUGUUAUGGUCAACUGCAGUAA